AUGUAGCAAAAGUAAAACAAUGACUAUGAUUAUGAGUUGCUGAUAGAUCAUACAAUCAUUUCCAGAGCAAAUCAUAGAAAACUUUCGAAAGAAGGGAAGGAGAGAUCAGUAAUAGCUAAUUGUCCAAACGCUGUAGUUAAGUAAAUGACAGCAUAUUUUAAACUCUAAAAAUUCAUUCAAUUCGAGUUUUAAUAUAAACUUGAAAAUUAUGAUGCUGCUUUAGAUCUUAUAUCAGAUUUCUAUAACUUACUUGGAAAUUUUAGUAUUUGGUUGGAAAAAAAGAUUAAACAUGCAAAAAAGGUUUAAGAUAAAUUACAAUCUGGGUUGCAAAUCUAUGAGUUUUUUAAAUAUCUGUCUCACCUAAUGAAAAUUCAAGCUCUUGAUAUUAUAGGAGAGUCAGUCAUAGCUUUGGAAGAAAUCGAAAAAAUUGAGCUGGAGUUAAAUGAUAUCUAGAAUGAUAACUUAAGAAUUUUCGUUAAUACCAGAGCCAAACUAAAAAAAAUUGAAAUUUAAUUAAAGCUAGGGCCUCAAAACCAUGCCUAAUGGAUAAGUUGGUUUUAGAAAGGAGUUAUGGAAGAAUUUUUAAAAGUUAAAGAUUAAAGACUGAGAGAUGAUAAAACUUAAAAAAGACGAUUCUUUAUAAAUGAAUUAAGACUGAAUUAAAAAGCUUAAAAAUUUGAUAUAUCGAGGAGUAAAACAAAAAAGAAUAAAAAAAUGCUCAUUAUUCAAUUUGAUAGUAACUUCGCAAGAUACCUAUUUAAAUCAUUAACUCUAACCUAUUUCCUUAAUGGCAGAGUAAAACAUAAAAUUCUAAAGUUUGUUCACUAAGGUAAUGAUACCAGGACAAUAGAUAGAAGGUAUGCAAUUUUUGCCUAUGAAGUUAAGGAUAAGUUUUUAGCAUAAUUCUGUAUUGAAAAAAAGAGAAGAGAUUUGAAUAAAAGGUUUUGCUAUUUACUGAAUCCGUAUGAAGGACUUGCUCUAAAAAAACCAGCUUACGAUCAAAUUCCAAAAAUAAAAUAUGAGAAUGAUGAAGCAGAUAUUGAUCAAUUAAUAUAAGACAACUUUCCCUGA